AUGGCAGACGCACAGGGUCCUUCCACAAAGGCCCCAGUAACACCUCCCUCAAAAACUAAACCGAUCCCUCCCAAACAUAUUCCACACAGUGACAAAGCAGCGAGUCUCCAAAGGGAUGACCACUAUGGAGUUAGGACCGGUACUGAGCAGCCUCCCACCGUUGCGGUGGAAACCGUAAAGCAGCAUCUGGUGGAAGAUUGUAAUAGCGCACAGUUGGUUCCAUUUGAGGUCUUCGCCACCCAGAUUCUUGGUUUACCGAACGAUUGGAAGGUUAAGUGGUCCAAGGAGCUUCGUUCCGCUCUCGAGUUAGCCGAAUGGGAGGAUUACAAAACCGCUUGGUACAAAGAAACUCACGAAGCCGGUCUCUACGCUCCCUUUUCAAAACUGUGUAAUAAGGUUUUCGCCACAAUUACCGGAGGACAGAAUCACAAGAAUUCGCUGGUGAUGUACAACCAUAGCACGGGUUUCCAGACAGCUGGUUAUGCUCGACGUUCACCAGAUAAUGCUGCUACACUCUGGGGAUGGGCGGAGAAGGCCGGGGGCAAGAUCGACAGUAACAAUGUUUUCAUUGGAUUUGAUAAACAGAAAGGGUUCAAGAAAAUCUCGUGGGCGCAGAUGCGGAUGUUCGUGGAGAUCAAGAAUACACCAAUCGGUAGAACACUUGGCACGGAGUUCCUCUCCCCAAACUUCUUAAAGAAGCCUUCGAAAGCUGACAGCUCCCAGGCUAGUAGUUCCGGUGUUGCUACUUCAUCUGGUUCGAAGAAGCGUGCUCGCGAUCCAACAGCGGUUGGUCAGACUUCUGGUCAGGGGACACAGAAGCGACAGAAGAGUUCUAAAUCUACCUCUGCUCCCGUUGUCUCGCAGACGAUUCUGAACAGCGCAGAGCGAAUAGUAGGCUCACUAUCGAAAGAUAACGACAGCCCCGAACAUGUCAGGUUGCAAUGUGCUGGUUACGCUCUCGAGUUGUUAACGAGUGGUCGUAUUCGAUCUCAUUCGUUCGGAAUGCUUGUCGAUGGCCCAACGUCCAGCUUCAGUACUACGAUCAUUCCUUGA